CCGGAGCCGAGGCGGCGGCAGCGCGGGGCCCGCCGGUCCCCCGGUCAGCAUCCGGAGGCGGUGACGUUGGCCUCACGUCACGGCCGCCGGGACCCGCUCCCGCCCGCGGCUGCUGCCGGUUCCCCCAGGCACACACAGCGGCGGCGUCCCCGAGCACCCAUCCCUGAGCAUGGCGCUGCUCACCCAUUUCCUCGCCUGCACCUUCGGCAUGGGCUCCUGGGUGGCCAUCAACGGGCUGUGGGUCGAGCUGCCGCUGCUGGUGACGGUGCUGCCGGAGCAGUGGGAUCUGCCAUCAUACAUCACCAUCAUCAUCCAGAUGGCCAACGUGGGGCCGCUCUUCAUCACCCUCAUGCACCGCUUUCGGCCCGGCUUGCUGAAGGAGGAGGCUGUAAUCUACGUGGUGGUGUCUGUGGGUGUCCUGGCCUGUUUACUGUUAGCCUUCCUCUGGAACUACACAUCCUCCAUCGCCGGGGCACCCCACAGCACCGCCUUCCUGCUCCUCACCUUCUUCCUGGCCCUGGUGGACUGCACUUCCUCCGUCACCUUCCUGCCCUUCAUGAUGCAGCUGCAGCCCCAGUUCCUCAACACCUUCUUCAUAGGUGAAGGGCUCAGCGGGCUGAUCCCUGCUCUCAUUGCCCUGGCCCAGGGCUCUGGCAUCUCCACCUGUGACAACACCACCCGCUUGGUCAACGUCACCAUCGGCAACGAGACCGUGGAAAGCAUCAUCUCCCACAUAGAGACCCACUACCUCCCAGCCAACUUCUCCACCCUCGUCUUCUUUCUCCUCAUGACGGUGAUGAUGCUGGCCUGCUUGGUGGCCUUCUUCUUCCUCAACAGGCAGCCCAAGGAGUGGGAGCUCUCCCAGCAGCAGCUCUUUCCCAGCAAUAUCAUGCUGAGCUCAAUCGACCAGACCCCCAGUGAGGAAGGAGGCCCCCGGCUGAGCGGGGGCUGCCCACGCCCAAAGGAUGCCAAGGGGCUGACGAGCAUCAUGCCGGAGCAGGUCUACUCCCUGGCCAAGCUCACCUUCAUCUACCUCCUCGUCGCUUGGGUGAGCGCUCUGACCAACGGGGUCCUGCCGUCCGUGCAGUCCUACUCCUGCUUGCCCUAUGGCAACACCGCCUACCACCUCGCCACCACGCUCAGCUCCAUGGCCAACCCUCUGGCCUGCAUCGUGGCCAUGCUCCUGCCCGGCAGGUCCCUGGCCCUGCUGGGCACCCUCACCAUGCUGGGGACAGGCUUUGGUGCCUACAACAUGGCCAUCGCGGUGAUGAGUCCCUGCCCACUCCUCCAGCAGUCCCAGUGGGGAGAUGUCACCAUUGUCCUCUCCUGGGUGCUCUUCACCGGGACGCUCUCCUACGUGAAGGCGAUGGCCGGGGUGAUCCUGCGCAGCUGCAGCCGCAACGAGCUGGUGUGGUACGGGGCGAUGGAGCAGUUGGGCUCCCUCCUCGGGGCCCUGCUCAUGUUCCCCCUCGUCAACGUCUACAACUUGUUCACAUCGGCCGACUACUGCAGCCUGCAGUGCCCGGCCUGAGCACCCCCAGACACCCCCUCUUGUCACUGUGCACCCAAAGCCAGCGAGGGCCGGGAGGCAGCGCUGGCACCGGGAUGGCUGCGGGCGCGUCCCCACCGUGCCCAUGGGCUGGGGCAGCUCCGUGGCUCCGAGCACCGGGCGUCCCUGUUGUGUUCAAAGCAAUAGAAGGUGUUUGCUCA